CUUCGACUUGGUCAAAUUGACUUAGUAAUACUGCCAGUGUGGUCUGGAAGUCCAGCAGAGGAACAUGAAGCCCACAACUUGUUUGACUUUUUGUCUACUUUUACUUGCUGGAUUUAGGGACGGUGUGAAGGUAGCCUUUAGUAAUGUCCUCCAUUUUGAUGCUGGGGUCCUGUAUGAGUAUGAGUACAGCACGUCCAUGACAUUGGCUCCCAUAUCUGUGGAUCUUGGAGACGUCACCACGACCUCUCUAGAGGCAGUUAUUCAGAUCCACUCACUAUGGAGGAACCCUCAGGACCAGGAAGAACAGCUUCUCCACGUAAAAAUUAAAGAUCUAAAAUUUACUACAGAUUCAAGUGAUGCCACCACCAAACCCUUAGCUGUGGAGGAGCUAGAUGGGGGCCUUGACUACAAGGAAGCAGUUAUUGUGCAUAUGAAUUCAGGAAAGAUUCAAGGAGUUUUUGACACUACUGAGGACAACACAGCCAGUCUGAAUUUCAAGAAAGGACUAGUGUCACUGCUUCAAAUCCAAUCUACAUAUGGGCUCAUCACUGAAGAUGAUGCAACAGGCCGAUGCCAGGUUUUAUAUCACACCUUGAAGGAUGAUAUCAUAAAAGUAAAGAACUAUAAGAAUUGUGAAAACAGCAUAACCGACGACGUGAUGUCCUCUGCCCAGAUUUUGGGAGUGAGCUCACCUGGCUGGUCUGAAGCAGUUUUCAUCAUGGACGAUAACCAUAUAAAAUCAGUAACAUCACAGGAAUUCCGUUCAGUGGUUUUGGAAGAACAAUCUACAGUUGGAAUCCAUGUUUCUUCAAGGCAGCUCCUGCGGUUAUUAUCAACAAAAUCUGGUGCUAAUGAGGAGGCCCAGGGAGAGCUCCAGGAGGUACUCGCUUCAUUCAAGGGGAGCCAUGUGAAUCAUACAAUUCAUGCCUUACCUGCUGUCAGACAGUCUGCUCUCAGUGGAUACCCAAUUUCUAAACUUCUUGAUCAUUUGAAAGCAAAUGAAAUGAAGAAGUCACAAUCAAGAACCACAGAGGUGUUCCUCCAGCUCUCACAAUCCCUGCGCAGCAUGAAGAUGAAUGAAAUCAAAGACAUUCUGAAAAAGUCUGACAGCACAUUAGUGUCUGUCCUAAUAGAUGCUGCUGCAGCUGCGUCUACACCUGCUGCGCUGGACGCAGUCAUCUCAUAUAUAGACGUUGCAGACCCUAAGAAAGCCCCACUGCUGGAAAAAUUCCUCUACGCCUGUGCAUUCUCUGCUCAGCCAUCCCAACAUCUGAUCAGUGUCGUCAAUAAAAUUCUUUCUCACACAUCAACAAAGCGCCAGACUAGGGAAAUCACUCGCAUUGUUCUGGGAACAGUGAUAAGAAAAAUGUGUUCUGCAAACAUGUGCCUCCUACAGGAAGUGGAGGAUGCUCUGACACUCAUUCUUAAAGGUUUAGGUUCAUCCAAAGAUGAAGCAGAAAUAAAGUCACACCUGCUGGCCCUAAAAAGUGCCUUAAUUCCAGAGAUAGUCCCUGUCCUUCUCCAGUAUAUUGAUCAGUCCAAACCAGUGUCAAUCAUUGUACUCUCAGCCUUGCAGGACCUUCCAACUCAAUACAUAACAGAGGAGGUUAAACAGCAUGUCAGGGACAUUUUUAAGCAAAAUAAAAAGUCCUUUUCUGCUGCUGUGCGAGUGGCUGCUGCUCAGAUACUGCUCAUGCAUGAUCCACUCUACACAGACGUCAAAGAAGUUCUUCUGAGAAUAGCAAAGGAAAAACCUGAGAUCUCCAAGUUUCUUACUGCCAAAGUUACGAGCUUGUUGCAGUCUAAUCACCCAGCCAGGGAUGUCAUUCUAACUGUUUUGAAAGAUUCAAAGCUGAAUAAUUAUUUCCAUCUUGGACGAGUUGGUUGUUCCUCAUCAUAUGCUGGACUGAUGGCAGAGGCUAAGGACACAGUUACGUCAUAUGAGUUUGAAUUUCUUUUUUCUGAUACUGGAGCUUUAAAACAAAGUAACAGCCAUUUCUCUACCCAAAGCAGAGGGGGAAGUUUACAUUCACUGCAGGUUUCUUUAGAACUGGGUGGAAUUGAUUCACUGUUAGCAUCUGAGCCAAUAGAGGAAGCAGAGCAAGAAGAUCUGAUGGCAGGGAUGUCUGCCAUGUUUCUGGGUGUGCAGAUUCAACCAAUCACCUUUUUCCAGGGUUAUACUGACUUAAUGAGCAAGUAUUUUACAGCACCCGACGGACCAAUGAACAUUCUCUCUGGAAAUAUUCUACUUAUCAAUCAGAAACAGAGCGUGAUUCUGCAGUCUGGACUGCAAACUCAGGUUUUCUUUCAUGGAGGUCUUUCUGUUGAUGUGUCUGCUGACUUAGAUUUCAGUUUAUUCACCCAGGAGUCUAAAAGCACUGUUAAUAACGGGUUCUCAAUAGUGGUCAGUGCCAGGGCGGAAGCGGAGGCUCCAUUUAUGAGCACUGCAGUAAAGACUAAAACAGAGAUGAAUUCUUCCAUCAGCUUCGUCACCACUGUUAACUUCUCUACAAUACCUGUGCAGUACUGUCUGCAGCUCAUCAGAGAGCCUCUCCUUUACAGAGAGAAAACCUCCACACGAGUAUCCAUCCAGAACAGAAAGAAAACGGCUCAUCAGAAGAGACGCAAAUGGACAAUUCCAGGAGAAGAGACAGCUCUCCACAGGGACAAUUCAAUGAUGUGCAGAAAACUACUUUAACUGUAAAGUAUAGCAGCAACAGGAGAAGAUGUGUGUGAGUCUGUCUCAGCUGAUAUAAUGCACUGAAUUCCUUCUGUUUGGAAUGAAUAAAAUUGUAUGUAUGUGCUGUAUAAGCAGUGUUAACAGUAGUGUUAGAGCAUUAUUCUGGAAAAAUCAUUGAUUUGAGAAUCAGAAUGAAUAAAGCACUGUACAAAUAAUAAUACAAUAGAGAAAAUAAAUACAGUAUUGCAGAGUUGAAGUAUUGGCUUUACUGUACACUAUAUCACAAAUGUGAAGUCAAUAAAGUUCUUGCCACAGCCAAA